CCUUCUCUUGUUGUGAACGCUCCCGCAUGGCGAUUCUGGCCAUCCUUUGCCUUGGGACUUUGCUUCUCAAUCAUGUAUUCCCGUCAAGCGCAAGUCCCAUGAAUCUUGAAUCACUCUUUGGGGGCAAGGUAAUCUCUCACAAAAAGGUCGGGAUCAUGAAAGUUAAUCUAGCCAUCCGCAGCUUCCGUUUUCCUGACAUCGUACCGUUGCUCUUCGGAAACCAAAUUCUCAGCGUCGAGAAACACGGAAGCCUUCUCGAGAUUCACCACAAUUCAGAGAAACGGACAGAGCUGUUUCCGAUCAAAAGAAAGAGCCCGAAAAGACACAUUGUAGCUUUCGUUUUCAAGCAGUCGUCAUUAGACGUUUACCCUGUCCCCAUGGAGAACACUGUCCUUAUUUCACGCUUAAUCCUCGUCUCGGCUCACUUUGCGGAGCUGCACAUGUGGCUUGUUAGCCAAGGGGUUUACUCACAUGUUCAGAGAUACAAACAGAGGUUGCACGCUACAAGCUUGCUUCGCGAUUUUGCAGACAAUGCCCAAAGAUCGCUUGGUGUCAAGUCGUGCGGCAAACGACCCACAGUUUCGGGCUUGUGCAACAACCGUGAGAAUACCAUAUCGGGUGUGACGAUACAACCGUUUCGGCAAGAUGUUAGGGAGAAAAGGAAGCCCACCUCCUUCAUCCUUAAGUGGUCUCCCAGUCCGCGUUUCUUGAGUAACAAGUUGUUUCUUGCCAAAAAACAAAUUCAUGCCCCGCAAAAUACCAACGCCCUCAUGAUCUUUUUCGGUCAGUUUAUUGACCAUGAACUGACUGCAACUCCACUUGAAGAGAUAGAUGAAGAACGCCAAGCGCCCAUGCCACACCCAGGUAGCGAUAAGAUGAUGUCUUUCACAAGGUCUGCCAUUUUGCGUUUUGACUAUGCAAAAUGUUGCAAGGAAUAUUCGACGGAUCGAGUGUGGAAGGGAGAACCAUUCAACACCCUGACUUCAUUUAUUGACGGCGGGGCGAUUUAUGGGUCGGACAACUUGCGAGCGAUAACACUGAGGUCUUUUAAACAUGGAGAGCUUCUUUUGAAACAGCGCGAGGGGGAACAAAAUUUACCUGUCAACAACAACAAGGACUUAGCAUUCCAUCUAGAAAAUGAAAGCGAUGGACGUGAGAAAACUCUUUUCGUCGCCGGGGAUGGGCGAGCAAAUGAAAAUCCAUUUUUACUUUCCAUUCACACGCUCUUUGCAAGGGAACAUAACAGGGUUUGUGGGUUGAUACGACAAUGGACUAGUACACGGCGAAGCAAAAAAAGGACAAAAGACGAGUGGAUUUAUCAUCAAGCGCGGCUCAUUGUUAUUGCCGAACUGCAAAGCAUCACAUUCAACGAAUUUGUGCCAGCCAUGCUCGGAAAAGAUGCCCUCGGAGAAUACAACGGCUACAAUCCAAGCGUUGACGCGAGGCUUUCUACUUCACACGCUGCUUUUGCUUACCGUUGGGGUCAUUCGGGUGUACCCGAAACUUUCGACAUCAAAACUCGAAAAGGAAAAACCGUUCGACGGUCGCUGAAGGACCUCUUCUUCGGCACUAAACUCUUUGACAGUCAUGGUUUGGAUAACGUUAUCCUUGCAGCCAUGAACACGCCUGCUUCUAACAUCGAUUUAAAAAUAAGUGACUCACUUCGAGACUUUCUCUUCAAUCCAAACGAGCAGGGUAUACUUGACUUGGUGGCUUUAAAUAUUCAACGAUCAAGGGAUUUAGGGAUCCCGAGUUACAAAGCUCUCCAAAAGAUUUUCAAAACUGGAAAAGGAUUAGAAAAUAUUCACCCAGACCUCCGGCGAAAGCUGCUGGACGUGUAUGGAGAUGAGAAGAAGAUUGACGCGUUUGUUGGAGGUCUUGCAGAGACGGCACAAGAAGGCUCCCUUCUCGGUCCCCUUCUCCACGCAAUCAACGUUGACCAAUUCAAAAGAUUGCGCGAUGGAGACAGAUUCUACUAUGAAAACAUUAACUGGCAUCGGUAUGUGGUUGAUAUGCCUCUUGUGCAAAAGAUCAUGGAGCAUAAGAUUCGCUUCGGAGAUGUGAUACGCGCUAAUACUAAGGUGAAGCCCUCGGACAUUGGAGACAGGGAGACCACUUUUACAACUCACUUAGGAUAAUAAAGCAGUUUAGAACA